GUUUCUCGCCAAGCGCUAUAAAACACCAAAGGCGAAGAAAAGAAGGUCGUCAUACGUAAACGCAGGGAUUAAAUGCCAUUUAAAUCCAAAUACAUGUGCACUACACAUACAGUAAGACGUACAUUUUGUUCGGCGAGGAGCUAUUGACUCCAGUGGGUUAUUUGGCCGUUUUUUCAGUGAUGUUCCUCGUGUCGGGUUUUGCUACUUCCUUGUGCGAUGUUAUGCUAACUAGCUAAUGGAUGCUAUUUGCCAACGUUGGCUCCCGCGCACUUCGGCAUCAAAAUACCGAGCGAAAUCUACCCAGGAUUUUGGUCAAGUUUGGUUAUUGUGAUCUCGUUGGAGAAAAACGUUGGGGGAAUUUGCAACAUCACCGAGACGAACAUUGUUUGCUUCUCGGGUCCUUCGUACUGUGCUGAUACAUCACCGUGUCAUAUCGCAGUAAAUCCCUACCAAAAUGCCAUUCGGACAAAGGUGGCACUCCAUGCGUAUGCGUUAUGAACAGCGCUACGAACCAGCGGAUACGAGAGAGGUGACAGUGCGCAGAGUGGUCAAUAUUUUUCAAAGGGGCACCUCCCUCCAUCCUCCAGUGGAGAACUAUGACACAGGAUUUGAAGAUGACCGGUGGUUUAAUGAUGACCCAAUGUACACCGGCGAAGAAUGUCCCAGGGACAAUAAUUACCCAUCAGAGCGAUACUUCAAUGACAACCCCAAUUAUGUCAGCUUCCACAGGAACUCUCCACCCCAUCACCCGGAGCCACCCUGUCAACGCCCACAUUAUGACAGAGAUGACUUGAGGCAUCAGAUACGCUCAAGGAAAAAUGGCCGACCUGGUCCAUAUUACAACAACAGGGGACGAGGCCACUCUCAAAAUCGAGAGGCCAAUAAUCAACUCAGGCACUCGCAGAAUGUGAAAGGAGACUGGGAGCGCUCAUCUGGGAAGAAGAAAAGCCAACCACCUGCUAAAAAAAACGUUUCUCCUGAGUCCGACAAAGGCUCUGCACACGCUCCAAAAACAAAGCCUGUUCCGGAACCAACCCUACCUCCAAGUGUCCCUGCAGAGGAACCUCCCCAAAUAUCUUCAUCAACCACGGAAAAGCCCUGCGAUUCUGUACCCGAGAAAGAGGAGGCGGCUCCUUCCAGGGCCGAGCCCGAAACGACCCAAGACCAAGAAUUAAAGGCGCGACGGUCGGAAGCCAUUAAAGCCAAGGCUCUGGAAAUCGAAAAGCAUUAUAGACAAGAUUGUGAGACAUUCGUCACAGUGGUGAAGAUGUUGGUGUCCAAGGAGCCCACUCUGGAGGAUCUUCUUCACAGUGCCCUGAAUGCAAACUUGUCCGAGAUGAAACAGAAUUGUUUUGCUGCCCUCAGGCACUAUCUUAAAGAACUUGAUGAACAGCUGGUGUUGUCGGACAACACAACUUAAUGUGACCAACCAGCGGUGAGGGUUUCUUUUUUCUUCUUUUUACUAACACUCUUUCCGUGGAAUGGAAAGAGUUUUUAUUCAGUUGUCUUUUUAUUUGUCAAAUCCCUUUUUAUGCUUCAUCAGAUUCAUAUAUCGACAUCAAGUUGGUAACAGCUGCACUUUUCCACUGAGCCAGUGUGUUUUAGGCUCCAUUAAAACGGUCAAGCUGAGAGUGUUAUUUGUCAGUGCAGCGAAAAUGGCUGUGUAAAUAUCGAAUUUAUUUUGUGGUGAAAGUACAACGGUGUUUUAUCUCGACAAUGACGUUUAUGAUGCUCAAAUCAAAGUUAAUGCGGGACGGGAAACUUUUGUGAUCGCAAUAUACAGAAGUAUUGCACUCGAAUUCGUAGAAAGUUGAUGUAUUUUAAGGUGACAUCAAAUUGUAUACCCAUUUGGAGUGCCUUGCUGCAUUGAUGACUUAUUUUUCCCCCCAUAUCGUAGAGGGAUGAAGCUUUCAUGAAAUUCCUUCAACUCACUGUAUCUUGUACGUGAUUGACGGUUAACCCACGCUACAUUCUGACUAACCAAACAAUGCUUGGUUGGUCAUCCAACAUCAACAGUUGUGCAUCAUAUGUCAUCAAACACUUGGAACAGUAUUGCGGGACCAAUCUAAGAUAGCUACUUUAGUCAUCUUAUUUUCCGACAUGCAUCUGUGUAUUAUUUGAAUUGAAAAAUACUCAAUAAAUAUUCGGAUUUUAAAAAGGUA